UUCAUUGCCGCCAAUAAUGCGCGGGCAUGAAGCAACAAGUACUGCCGGCGGCGACUGGCAGCAGAGAUCGUCGCUGGUGAGAUUCGAGUGAGCAGUUGCUUUGAGCUUCAUGCUUUAAAUCUUCUUGGUCUUCCUCUUUUCCUGUUUUCAUCGAUGUCAAGUUUUACAACAGAAGCAUGUUGGCGCAAGCGCAGACUGCGGAGUACUCCGUAGUUGACUAGGUAGCUUAUUUUGAAGCCUACACCGUGGCCGACAGGAUUCUCCUGCCGAUCGGUCUCUGCUGCCCUCCCACGAGCCAUGGAGCAUCAUCUGAACCUGAGGUCCUACGAUCAGGAUCCAUCCCCGACCCAACACCUAUCGGUAGAUCCCGAUGACUCUAAUAUUCAGAAUACCCUGGCCACAUCUCUCUCUCAAACCUCUGCAGAAGAGUCAACAUUUCGAAUAGAUGCGAUAUCGAUACCGGCUCGCAACACUCCAUUCUUUCCCCUGCUACAUGAUUUUGAGGAAAUCCGAGGAGAUCAAAACCAAUAUGCUCACAUUGCCGAUGGCACAAAAGCGGUCACCAAUGCUGGCGUCCAUGGUGUCGUUGUUCAUCCGGAAUAUAUAUCUACCCAGGUGUUGCCAAGCUCUCCAAUUAUUCAUCCCCUUGGCAUCCCCAAAAUCCCCCAUGUCGUCUCUCACAGCCCAUCCCCAAUGUUGACCCGCUUUCCCCAGAAGUUGCCCCAAGAAAUUGGUGACGAUUUUUCAUUGGACAAUGCCACAGGAUCACAUGCACAACAACUUCCAGUCGAUUACGGGGAUUCGGACGUAUUUCAAGCUAGCCAGCCGGCCACAUGCUCUCGACAAUUGGCGCCAAAAUUUGCCAGUAGAAUAGCCAAUCAUGCUCCCAUGGUCCUGGGUAAACAAUCCUCACGCGCUAAAGUUCGGGAAUAUACUUUCGUGAGCGAAGAUCCGUCGAGAAAAUUACCUACCAUAGCUUUGAGAGCUCGAAACAUCAAUUUCGACAAUGACUAUUCACGCAGAUUGUGGGAAGAGGAGCGGCUGCACAAAGAAGCUAUGAAGAAAGCUGGGGGAUCAUGUAUAUGGUGUAACCAAAUGAAGAAACGCUGUGACCCUAGCAAGCGUUGUUCCCCUUGCAGGAGACGCGGUUGGCCCUGUUUCCGCAGCUAUGACCAGAUUUGGCUUUACGUAGCCCCUUUUUACACCUUCGGAAAGAUCAAGCCGUCCGGGCGUGAUCGAUCGAAGGUUCUUGAGGCUGCAAAGUUGAAGACCUUUGAAAAAGCCUACGAGCUCUGCCGCAAGCUACAUUCCAAGCUACAAUCUCCCAUCCCCCAAGGAAAUGCCAUCUUGCAGUGUCGCUGGCGCUACCCUAACCCCUCUGGAUUGGUUGUUCUGGAUUCGUCGCUAUUACUUGACCCACUAGAGGAAUAUCAGCUUCCGGAGGAUGACAAAGAAACCUUGAUCAGGACAGUCCUCAGUAUCGUUCCGGAGCCUAAGCUCUUCAAGGAGAAUAAUACCUCAGAGAGCCCUACUAUCCUCGGUAUUUCGAUGAAGAUGCUGGGUCUAGCUGCCUUCAUUAUCAAUACCGCUCGGGGCCAACCCUUUGCACGACAGACCGAUAUCCCCCAUGGCCAAAUUGUACUCCUAUAUCUCCUUACCUAUCUGGUUCAGAUCCUUGUCCAGUUGUCCGACGAUUUCUCCUUGGAAUUAUUUCGGCUCCUCCGCCAGAAGAAGAAUAGGAAACCUGUGCUUGAUGACGCAUUCCUAGCUACUGGCCUCUAUUAUCGUGUUUUGUCUGCAUUACAUUAUUUCGCACCUGGCCCCGAUUCGAUGAUAGAAGUCAUACUGUUCGGCGUAAAGAAACAGCUUGGUCCUGUAAUAUCUCUAAUCGAAACUUUAUUGCGUUCCGAUUUUGUUGCGACUAAUUAUAUCCAAGGAUAUCUUGGGUUGGCGUCGUCUGCUAAGGAGACAAACUUUUGGAUGUACUUUGAUCGGCGUGUACCCCCACUCCCUGUUCUGGACGACAUGCAAAUUUCAUUGUAUUUUUAUGACAAGACUUCGUUUCCGGUCCCUACGGCGUUACACCGAAAUUUCCAACCUUUCAGCUUUCCAUAUCUGUCCACGAUUUCUGAGUUGAUGUCAUCUGAAUGUAACGAGAUCUCUGAUUUCCAGACGGCCGAGAAUCGCCCAAUGCCUGGACCGGAUGUUGUGUCUUUCACAACCCGACCACAGAACGAUCAAUUUAUCACUCAUUCCACUGCUCUUGGAAUAUGGGCGGAGCCUGUCUUGUUUGACGACAACGUAACAGGAGAACAAAAAGACAUUAUUCUACAUGGCCUCGAUGCGGAAGGCAUUUAUAGUCAAUCUUCAGAUAGCCGGAACCCCAUGCAGACCGAGUCGAUCCCAUCGGAAAAUGUUGGAUCCAACGCCCAGGAUGAGGGGGAGGCACCGACGACCUAUUCUCCGGAUCCCUUUUUUGAUUACCAGAAGUAUUUUGACCGCGACGGAGGAACAAGCGGCCCGGAGUAACGAAACCAACCUAAUCUCUUAUCUUGAGAUCACUCGGGCAGACUGCUCAUGUCCACUGGACCACACGGCCAACUGUUACUUUUGCUUGUUGAUGUAAAAAUUCGAUGUUUAAUUUAUGCAGUUUCACAUGGUAUUUCUCUUUUAAGCAUGACAUACUAGAUAUCUGCAUUUACCCCUCCUUUCUGGGACCCCUCUGAGCUCUCUACUUUCUCUAGCACAGUUUGGUCACCCCUUGGGGCCGAGCGCAGACCUGCAUUUUCGAGAGAGGUGGGAGUUUUCCUGGAGCUUUUAAGGUUACGAACCAGUUCUCUUCGAAAAGAGAUGUUAUGAUUUAUGCUCUAGACGGAGUGCUUUCUGUCUCGUGCCUAUACACUGAUAGAAUAUCUUGGGGGCGUUCCCAUCUUAACUUCUCUAGGCUACUUAAUUUAAUUCUAGCUUCAUCGUCG